GUAUAAAAUAUCAAUAUGUCGAUGUUUCAGAAUGUAUGUGUUCACUGCGCUCACAAUAUCAGCAUUCUUUGCUGUGCUGAUAAUGGUUCCUCAACCUUACAUGGAUGAAAUUUUUCAUGUUCCACAAGCUAUGCAUUAUUUAGACGGAAAUUUUUCUACAUACGAUCCCAAAAUUACAACUCCACCCGGAUUGUAUUUUUCAAGCCUUUUAUGUGCUGUGUUACCACCUUUCAAUCCGGUAAUGCUACGUGGAGUGAAUAUUGUAUUUGGUUUAAUGACUUAUCACUGCCUUCGAAAUUUUUUCCAAAGUGAUUUUCAAGCUUCAAUUGGGUCUAUGCUUCCAUUUAUGUGGUUUUUCAAUCACCUGUUUUAUACCGACAGCGGUGCAACUUUUUUCAGUUUAUUUGCUGUUUAUAAUUCUUUGCAUUCUAAUAACUUCAAGAGCGGGUUGAUGUGUAUCCCUGGCUUGCUAUUCCGACAAACUAAUUUAAUAUGGACCUUCUACGCAGCUUCAAUUAUUGUAGUGUCAUCUCUAAAGAAGUUCAGUUUCUCCUCUGAUGAAUCCUUAAAACCAUUUUUUGAACCAGCAAGUUCUUUUCUCGAAGAAUUAAGUUUUAGAAGCUUCUUAAGUGUCGGUAAAAAUUUACUGAAAACUUGCUUAUGUUUUCAGUUUAUUAAGAACGUCAUAGUAAAUUGUAGCUUACAUUUAUUGUGUCUAAUAGCAUUCAUGACUUUCGUUUUUUGGAAUGGAUCCGUUGCACUCGGGGAUAAAGAAAAUCACGCUGUAACUGUGCAUCUUGCUCAGAUUCCUUAUUUUUUCCUUUUUGUUUUCUUAUUUUCGCCUUUCAGAUUUUUACCAACUUAUCAUCAGUUGACGAAGUUGCUCAACCGCAAAAUGUUAGUUGCUUUUUCCCUAUUGCUACCCCUAGUUUAUUGGUGUGUUCAUUAUCAUGCUGACCCUCAUCCUUUUUUGUUGGCAGAUAAUAGACAUUUUACAUUCUAUCUAUGGAAAAAGUUACUGAAUAGAAAUCAGGAGACUAAACUUGCAUUGGUUCCAUGCUACUCAGCAUGUGUGAUUUUGGUAGUUCGGAAACUAGCAAAAACUUUGAACAUAAUUCAGCUCAUUUGUCUUCUGGCUUCAAUAUUUAUCGUGUUAUCAGCCACGCCUCUUUUUGAGUUUCGAUAUUUCAUCGUGCCGUCUUUAUUGGUGUAUGUAUCAUGCAAACCAGAACCCUCUCUUGAAAAGAUGCAAUCUUUUUUUGAUUUAACAUUAUACGCAGUCGUCAACGGAUUAACGAUGUACUUAUUUUUGUAUUGCCCGUUUAAGUGGCCAAGCGAGCCUGGAAAGCUUCAGCGAUUUAUGUGGUAGCGGUCUUGUUUAUUUAUUUGCUGUUUUGAGUUUGCUGAAAGAAAUCUUGA